AACGAAAACGUGCAUUUCAGUUUUCCGCUUUGUGCAAGUGAUCAAUUUGUAUGAAUAGAUACGUAUUUCUGUGAUAAGAUUAUUUAUCAAAAUAGGCUAUGUUGGCUUAGAUUUUUUCUCUAACUUCUAUUGUGCAUUACUAGAUUACUCAUUUUCGUAUUUUAAUGGUACGUAAGGAAUACUAGUAGAUUGUUUCCGCUGAACAUCGCUUAGUUAUUUGGACGCUGUCAUCUCAAAAGAUUUCACACGAGUAAAAUGUAUUCAUCAAACGCAUCACGUAUGCAGGUGGCUGUUGGAUUAUUCAUUGUCAUAAUCGUGCUCUUUUUAUUGAUUCCGAACAGAAUCACUAAAUGUGAGAACAAAAAAAAUUAUAUAAAAGAAACACCAAAAGUAAGGGAAAUACCAAAAGUUAACACAGAAACCACUGAAAGAAACAAAAUAAAAGUGACACAGACCAAAGAAAACAAAUAUCCACAUCUCCCGUAUAAUGUUCAGAAGGACCCCAACUUUGACUACAAGAAAGAAACCGAAAAGUUGAAUAAAGAAAAGGUGAAACCGGACGACCCGCGUUUAGUGAAUUUGAUAAGGAAUUAUUAUAUAGAGCCACCCUCCGACAAGCCUUACAAACUCGCAGAGCCGAACAAAUGGGAUUCUUCCUAUGGUCAAGCUAUGUUUGUUGACGGAACGUUACAAAAUAUGGAAGGUGGAUUCUUUGUUGAUAGUGGGGCACAUGACGGGGAAAUACAAUCAAACACGUUGUUCUUUGAGAGACGCAGAGGUUGGACAGGUAUUCUUAUCGAGCCCCAGCCAAAAAUCUACGAGCAAUUAAAAAGCAAAAAUAGAAAAUCAUUCACAUUAAAUGCAUGUGUUAGCGUAGUUCCAUAUCCAUCUACGGUUAAAUUUCUACCGACAUCAUUCUACGGAAAGAUGGUGGAAAAUAAAACUAGUGAAGAUGAAUGGACAAAGAAAGGAUUCAAAGAAAUAACCGUACAAUGUUUCCCUUUGUAUUCAAUAUUACUUGCUAUGAACCAAUUGACUGUUGACUAUUUUAGUUUAGAUGUUGAAGGAGCCGAGGAGGGAAUACUCAACAAUAUACCUUUUGAAAAGAUCAAAAUAAGAACUAUCUCUAUAGAGUAUGAUAAAUUCGAAGGAGGCCAUGUACGACUUAGAAAAGUAAUGGAAAGUAAGGGUUUUUCGUUUUUAGUAAAAAUGGAUUCAAUAGCAGCUCUUGACAGCAUUUUCAUUAAAUAGAAUAUUCUAAAUAAAUUAUGCUUAGUAACCAUAAGUUUACUGUUGGCACAUAUACGAUGAUAAUGUUUACUUUGUGUUGUAAAGUUGUACAAAUUGAGAUUUGCGUGUUUGCAUAAGUGUGUUUAAGUGUGGUUUUUGUUUUUAUUUUUUUGUUG